GAUAUGGAAGCCGCGGUCACUGAAUUUGAAGCCGACGGAGGCGGCCAAGGCUGCCCAAGUUCCUUCGGCACGGGGAAUCUAUCAACGCGCAGAUGCAAUGCGGAUGAAGCCGAAGGUCGAGCCGGAGGAGCCUGAAGAGAGGACCGUGCCUGACCAGGAGGCACAUACCGAACAGCCCUCGGAAGAGACAUCCGGGCACGCGAAUGGCGUGCAGGAAGAGCAGACAUGGGACGAGGGUGCCUGGCACACAAAUGGCGCGCAGCCGGAGCAGACGUGGGAAGAGGGCACAUGGCAUGCGAACGGCGAUCCAUCUGAUGAGCCGGCGGUGCAGGCAGAGCAGACAUGGCAAGAGGGCACAUGGUCCGAGAAUAAAGCGCAGCCAGAGCAGACUUGGGACGACGGCUCAUGGUCGAACAAGGCGCAGCAGGAGCAGACAUGGGAAGAGAGCAGGUGGCCAGAGAAGAGGGAAUCUCAGCACUGGCAUGGCUGGCAGCCUAGCUCCCAGCCCAGUCAGCCAUUU